AUGGGAAAAGGCCUAGGAACAUCGAUUAUCCCGCUAUUCGCGGGCAUCCACAAGGAUCUAGAAGCGCUGCGCAAACGGUUCGUGCUGGCCGGGCGACCGAAUUAUGAUGAAUUUUACUUCGCUUUCAAGGACAUGAACAUGCAUCUGGUCUACUCUGGACGGGAUACGCUUGCCGAGUUGGCUGAGUUUUCCGAGAGACUCCUACAAAUUGCUGCCAACUACAUGCACGAACACUACGAUCCGGAAAUGAUUGCAAGGGAGCCCCACCUGAAGGGAGGAAAAUUCAUUAGCCGUCCAAUAGUCGAUCGAAUUUAUGGCGCCUACCUCACCUUCGCGUUGUAUGCCAGCCAAUCUACGAAGAGCACGUUUCCGGUCCGUGUGAGCCCGAUGCUCCUCGAUGCGGUGACGAAUCUAUUCGCCUACGCAAGAGAUGAAAAGCUCUAUGAUGUCAUGGAAUGUAUUCGUCGGCUGAAAGAGAAGGAGGUCUUCCGCGUGGUGCCCUUCUCCAAAUAUAUGUUCGGCCCAGCGGAAUUGAGGCGCUAUGAUAUGGACUAUGAACAGCUUGAUAACCCCGAUGCAUUCCACGUGACGCCUUUUGCCAACAUGCACAAGUUUAUGAAACGCCCCGAUACCGUGAAACUCCUUUCGACUCUGCAGGGCAAGGAAAUUCGCGGUGUCAAUUAUGCUGAGAAGAUCAUCGCUAUUGUCGACAAGGCCGUCGUGGAUAUGAACAAACUCAAGUUGGAGCCGGAUCAGCCAAUUCAGAGACUUAGAAGCCCCGACCAUUAUCCACCUACCAAACGCAUAAUGCUGAACAAUUUCCGUUUUGAUCGAAACGAUAAUGAAACGGCCGCUGGUUCCCGACCGCCAACCGAGCUCGAGGAUUUUCUACAGUAUUGCACGACACCAACACCACGUCCACCCGUGGCCAGGCGUCUCUUC